AUGGCGGCUUCAGCUCACCCAGAUUUGCCGCAGCCUGCGCAUCUUGAUCGCGACUCGGCGCUCGCGCGCAAGUUUGGUAGAGAAGUCACGAAUUAUUUCGGAGGCUCGCCAUUGAACAGAUUGUCGUUCCUUCGCGAAGACUACACCUUCCUCGCCGGAGCAUUUGCCCAUCCUUCGACCAAAUUCAUUCUCUUCAAGGCCCUGUCGCCGGUGGUCAAGUCGCCGUCGGAGAUAUACUAUGCGACGUACGACGAGAUCAAGGCUCUGCUACCGCAGAACCCGUUUGAGAAGCCCGAGAAAGAGCAGAUCGCCGAGUUUGACUCCUCGAUAGACAUCCCAACCGUGGUGUUCUUGGGCGUGGAUGAGAAGAUCACGGAUGGGUUUUCAUUCAAGAAUUUCGUCGGCGCUCCGCACUUUGCCGUCGACAUCACGCCCAAAAAGACGUUUGAGAAAGAAGCCAAUGAACUGGCUGACAAGUUCGUGAACUCGGGGCUGAAGUUCAGCGAGGGCAUGAGAGCCAUGAACUUUCCCGCCGACGUCGCUGCUGAGUACGGUCAAGGGCGCCAUUAUCUGGACUGGAACUACCGCAACACGUAUUGCGGGACAUGUGGGCAUAAAACACUCGCGGUGCAUGCGGGAGGCAAACGAGUGUGCCCGCCCACGGACAAAGCCGAGACACCUAGCGAACGAGAGGCAUGUUCGACUCGCACGACCAUCUCGAACCUGUCUUUCCCCCGAACCGACCCUACCGUCAUCGUGGCCGUUCUCAGUCACGACAGCAAGCGACUCCUCCUGGGCCGGCAAAAGCGAUGGCCUCCGUAUUGGUUCUCGACGCUGGCUGGGUUUAUCGAACCGGCCGAGAGCGUAGAAGACGCGGUGCGACGCGAGGUGUGGGAAGAGAGCGGCGUCGUCUUGUCCCGCGUGCUCAUCCACUCGACCCAGCCGUGGCCGUACCCGGCCAACCUGAUGAUCGGGGCGAUUGCGCAGGUUGCAAGCCCCGAAGACGAGGUGAUUCGGCUAGAAUACGAUCCCGAACUCGAGAUCGCCAAAUGGUUCACUUUGGAAGAGGUCCAGGAGGCCCUGCAGCACGGCACGAGCGGACUGGGCGACGCCGCCCCGGAAGGGUACAAGGAAGGGGGCUUGAGAUUGCCUCCUCCCACCGCCAUUGCCAAUCAGCUUAUCACCGCCGUGGUGAGGGGUGGCUUCCUCGAGGGUGUGACGCCCUUGGCCACGAACAACAGCACGGGCACAAACAACAAGCUGUAG